CCAUUUCCUGUAGUCUGUCUGCGGUCUUUGACCAUCUCCUGUAUUGUGUCUGCAGUCUCUCUGACCAUUUCCUGUAGUCUGUCUGCGGUCUCUGACCAUCUCCUGUAUUGUGUCUGCAGUCUCUCUGACCAUCUCCUGUAUCUGUCUGCGGUCUCUGACCAUCUCCUGUAGUGUGUCUGCGGUCUCUGACCAUCUCCUGUAGUCUGUCUGCGGUCUCUGACCAUCUCCUGUAGUGUGUCUGCAGUCUCUCUGACCAUCUCCUGUAGUGUGUCUGCAGGCUCUCUGACCAUUUCCUGUAGUCUGUCUGCAGUCUCUGACCAU